AUGUCUCCUAUUGUUAUCUCCGAAGUAUACUCCUUAUCCACUGUUAAGCAUACUCUUGAUGACGUUUUAGUAGGUCACUUAGUAGUUCAAGAAGGUUAUAAGGAAGACACUUUUUCUGCUGAUGUAAAGAUAGUUACAGGCUUAUUCUUAUCUCUUUUAACUAUUGUUUUACUAGUCUUAUCUCUUAAGUGUGAUUUUAGUACGUAUAAGUCUUAUGCAGCCACUAUUGUUAUUCUCUUUUGGGUUAUUUCCUAUUUAGAAAGCUUUCUUAGUAAGUUCUUCUUUGGUUAUACUUUUUUAGGCCGAUCUGAUAAGGAUACUAUCAAAAUACUAACAAAGAUAGAUAGUCCUAAACCUAUCUAUACUUUACUUGUUUAUUUUAACAAGAAAGAGAUUCCUAACAAAACAUCACUUGAUAUCACAAAAAUAGUCAAUCAAAAAGGAGAGUUAAACCAAGAUCUUUUCGUUGCCUCUAUCAAAGAAGCACUUCUACCCUCCUCUUCUUAA